CCACCAGUCAGCGUUUCAACGCUAUCUACUCCUUACCCAAUACUCAACUAAAUAAAGUUGACUUGGAAGACUCUAUCAUUGCACCUCUUAUGCUUCAAUGGUUCCUGGCCCAUUUCCUGUAUCUUUUGCAGACAGUGGGAAAAAGGGCUGCUGUUGUCUCUCCUUGGAUGAGAGUAUCUUCUCUGCCUCGAUAUAGUUGAAUAUAAUCUUCUAUCAUGGAUAACAAAUCCAUCUGCGAGGCUUCUUCUUCUUCACUACGUCUUAGAAAUGACAACAGCGCAAACAGUCCUAAAAACAGUAACAUGGACAUUGCUGAGCAUGAUGAGGAGUUCACUGUAAUGGCUUCCUCUUCAUUACCACUCUCGGUAAGCGAUGCCAGCCCAAACAAUAUCCACUUCAUCAAUAUGGCGCAGGAUACUGAUGAAUAUGCCCCAGUCUCUUCCACUUCAUCAUUGAAAAGAACUACUACCAUCGACACGGCACACCUUACCAAUGAAUAUGUUUCAGUGGUUUCAUCUUCAUCUUUGCGAAGGACUAGCAGCUCCGAAUUCUAUUACUUGGAACUGUACAAAGCUGUGCUCAAUGGUGACUGGGAAAGUGCUUCAAAAUUAUUGAAGGAUGAUCCACGAUCAUUCUCCGCCCCGAUCGGAACAGAUGAUUCCCGAAUGCUUCACAUAGCAGUUGAGUUAGGAGAGGCCAGAAUGGGUUUCGUGGAGAAGUUGGUUAAGUUUAUGCCAAGUGAGGCACUGGCUCUGCAGGAUUCUGAUGGCGCCACUGCCCUUUUCAACGCUGCAAGGGCUGGCAAUAUAAAAGCAGUCAAGUUGUUAGUGAACAAAAACCCAAGCUUGCCCAAUAUCUGCCAACGCGACAAUUUUGCACCUCUUCACAGCGCUAUUAGGUAUGGUCAUAAAGAGCUGACUUUAUAUUUAUUAAGCGUCACCAGAGAUGAUAAACAUCCAUAUCCUUUCUCAAAUUUGCCUGGAAUCGAACUUCUGCGCAGAGCACUAAUGGUGGGGUUUCAUGAUGUAGCACUGUAUCUGGUUAAACGUUAUCCUGACCUUGCCACAUGCCAUUUCGAUUCCGCCCGCCACGAUGCUAAUGAUUCUGAUGAGGAUUUUGCCCCUUUGACAGUAUUGGCUAAAAGGCCUUGGGCUUUCCCAAGUGGAAGUCGCUUCAACUUAUGGCAACUCAUAAUAUAUCAUUGUUAGUUUCUUUACUCGCUUGCCCCUUUUAAAUUGCUUUGUGUUUGUCACUGCAUCUCCCUUGCUUUUGUUUAUAAGUCAAGGUAUUUUCUUUUAUGUUAAUCCUGUUUAGCUCUGUCCUAUAAAUAAAAAAGAAAAAAAACUUGAAAGGAAUAAUUA